AUGUGCAAGUGCUCAGUCGAGGCCCUGCCCAGUAUGUAUUUGCCACUAAGUGCCACUUCCACCUCAGUAGAGCAGUCAUUUCUCACAGGUUCCAGGUGACAUGACCUUCCCUAUAUCCAGAAUUUUUACUUGGCUGAUUGCCAUUUCCAUUGGAUUUCUAUUUUUUGGUUUCUUUCAAGAAAAUUUAACAGGGAACAACUGGACCACAUUCUCUAGGAGCUUUGAGACUAUCACCUCAAAACAGGAUUAUAAAGAAAGCGUCACCAGACGUACCACCUUGAACGCACUCGUCACAGAGUUGGAAACAACAAAAGAAAAUGUCUCCGCACCUGGCAUCGAUCCGAACACCCCCAUGCCCAUCCUCUUUAGAUCCAACUUCUCCAAACUUCCUGUGUGGGAUUUUGAAGACGUGUACAACCAGGAUGGACCCGCAAGCACAAUGUGCCAACAAUCAUUGAGGUAUUCCACGGACGAGACCUUCAGGAAGGCUUUCCUUCCUAAAAUACGCUUGUUCCUACACAAGAACAACCUCAACAUGAGUGAGUGGAACAGACUCUCCCAUUUCAACAACCCGUUUGGCUUCAUGGAUUACUCUUAUAACGAUGUAAUGUCCUCAGUCAAGUUGAUCCCGGAGCCAAAGGAGCCCCUCCUGUCUCCGAAGGCUGGCAGCGACGGUUGUAUUCGUUGCGCUGUGGUGGGUACUGCCGGCAUCCUGAACGGCUCCAAAAUGGGCAAAGAAAUUGACGCCCACGAUUACAUCUUUAGGAUGAACGGCGCGGUAACCACGGGCUACGAGGAUGACGUGGGGAACAGAACAUCCGUCUACGUCCACACUGCUCACUCCAUCACUACGUCUUUGUAUUUGUUCAAGAAAUACGGCUACAAGUCUGCCCCACACGACGAGGGCAUCAAAUAUGUGAUGAUUCCAGAGGGCAUGAGGGACUUCCAGUGGCUUCAAGGACUCCUCCGUGGAGAGAGGGUGCAGUUUGGCCCGUACAAAAACCAACGGCCCCGGACUUACUACUCGGGCCAAUACAACGAGAGCCGCUUUUAUGUCCUGCAUCAAGACUUUCUGCGAUAUGUGCGCAACAGGUUCCUGAAAUCUCCCAACUUGAACAAACCUUACUGGGCAAUAGUCCGACCAACCAAUGGUGCUUUUGCACUCUUCCUGGCUCUCCACACAUGCGAUAUAGUUGAUGCAUACGGCUUCAUGACGAGAGACUACGCAAAGUACUCCAACUAUUAUUUCCAGAGGCAUGACAAGAGCCGGGUGGUUUUCUAUGCAAAUCACGACUACAUUCUGGAAAUGAAAACCUGGGAGAACCUGGACAACAGCAAAAUCAUGCGCAUGUAUCAAAGAAGCGAAAGGGAACUCCCUUCAAAAAACAUAACUGGGAAGAAUGGGUGACAGGUUUAGCUUUAUUUUAAAACACUAUUUAUUCCUUGUUUGGCAUGCACUAACUUGGCCGAUAAAGCUGAUUCUGAUUCACUAUUUUAAAAAAAGAUGAGCUAACAGGCAGCAUGACGCACGGGGGUGAUGGAGACGACUCAGAAAUCCUGUAAUCUCCCAGCAUGCUUUGCACUGUAAGACUCUUAUUUCAAUGAUUUAUACAUGUUUGUUAAGCAUUUUCUGACUUUGGUGUAUUUCUCUUGUAUGAAAAUUAUUCUUUUCACUAUGA